CUGGAACUCGCCGCUUGCAUAAUUGAUGCUGACGUUGAGAUCUGGCGGCCUUAGAGACAGUUAACACAUGCAACUAUACGAGAAAUUCUUAAGGAUAACGUGAAUUCAUUUUCAAUCGACUUAGCGUUUCGUUAUGCAAGUACGAGGUAGCUAUUGAACGCGCGACCCAACGAACGAGCUAGAGGUGUGGUUUUGCGUGACUGAUAUCUUUGCACAUAUAUUAUGCUCACGAAAGCAGAAAUAUCUGCAACCAAAGCUCAUUAGUUAAAUCUGUCCUGCUUUAAGUGCUGUACGAUUUCAAACGAGUAAAGGUGAGCAUUUAGUUUUAAACUUACUAGGCAACGAAAAAGGUCAUGUCGUAGGAUAAGUAAAGUAUACAUACGGUUGCAUUGCAAGCGAUCAUAUUCGUUUUGCAAUUUGGUCGAGGAAUCUCCAAUGUCUGUCCGUCGAUUUUAAUCGCACUUGGAAUGAAUCUUCUUCGUCGAUUAACUCUUAUAGAGCCUAUCAUUGUUAAUAUUACAUCACUGUGAUGUCAACCAUGGGGUGCUUAACGAAGAUAUUGAGCUGUAAUAGUUCACGGCGAGGAAACUUUAACAUCAUCGGAUCUGUUCUUUUCAAAAUUAGUUUAUUAAUUAUGUGAGUCUCAAGAUUCGUUGUGUCCUCGGUAAAGUUUUCAACUCUCUCUGGUAAUCUAAGUAAAAAUUUAUAACGACUCGACAAAUUUGCCUCUAAACAAACUAGAGUUCUGUGUUGUCGUUUGUCAUGGUACUCGGAAGAGGCAUAUUUUUUGCAGCAGUUUGAUGUUUGUUGGUGUGUAAAAGAUUUAGCUUCCUUAGUUACUGAGUUUCUUCAUUAAUGUAGUGUAAGCUUCUGAUCUGUACUGCCUUUGUACCACAGUAAAUUAGAAAGUUUGGAAUUUUUUUGCCAGACUCAGGCGUGUUACUGGAGUGUCAUGCAACCAGCUAAUUUUUCAGAUGUUUGAGGAACAGGAUUGAAGUUUGCACAUUUAUAUUUUAAUUUACGUAUUUUAUCUCCUUUACAUCAUUGAUUAUUAAAAACUUGAUUAAAUAUUAAUGGUCAAUUUUGAAUUUGUUAGUAGAGUGAUUUUACAGAGAGUGAAAUAAAAAAAAGACUUAAUGGUUAAUUUAAUGUAUUUUUUCAGCUAUGAAGCUACAUGUGUAUCUCUCUAUAUUGCUUGUCACCCUGUUCUCAUAUGCUUGGGUGGACUGUGCAAAUUUGCCUUCUUGUGCCAGCAUGAGGUCAUGGUUUUCUGGGACUCCUCCAUCAAAUUUUUCAGAAAAUUUGCCUUAUUGGUUGAGUGUCCAUGGGCACACUGGUUACUUUCCGGGAAGCUCCCAUACAAGUAAGUAAUGAUGAUUGUGAUGCAAUAAUUAAUAAGUUGUAGUCUGGAAAUUGUGUUAAAAACAUCAUGAGGUAAAUGCAUCCCUUUUUGUCUUCAGCAAUUGAGCAUUUAGUAAUUCUAGCAUUUCAUGAAUUUAUCUACAUGUAGGUAAAUAAAUAUACAAUCUUAUGCUAUGGAUUAUAUCUACAAAAAAGAACAGCACAUUUUAUAUCCCAACUGAGAAUGAACUAGAUAUGUCAUAUCUUUCAUUAUGAUUGUCUGUCUUGAUAACCUUCAAAAAAUAAAAAAUAAAAAAAAAGUACUUGAGCAUUGCUAAAUUUUAUGUUAUUGGCUAAAUUUAGUGGAUAAAGAAUGAGAUCUAACUCUUAAUUGGUAAUUUUAAAAAUUUAUUUAUGGUAAAUGGUGUUCAUGUUGUGGUAUGGUAAUUAAUGUUGUAUUAAUGAUGAUUAUAACCAAUUUCCAUACCAGUACUUUUUGAUGAAUAUUCAUGGUAAUUAUAGCAGCCUAAAACAGCAUUAAAGACAGACAGUUAAUUAAGAGAAUAAAGUAUGUGACACCAGCAUAGCAAAUUAAUUAUUUUAAAACAUGCUUCACUGAGGUUAAAAAGUUUUCACCAAAAAAUAUUGUAUCCAUGCACUGCACAGAAUGUCUGAAACUGUAAAAUAAAGGGACAACUUUCAAUAGUGAUAGCACAGACUGAUCAUUCAGAAGCUCUCAUCUAGAAUUUUAAUGUAACCUAGAUCUAUGAAUGAUAAAAUGUAUAACCAAUUAUUAGAACCAGGCAGGAACAUGACUCUUAAAAAAUCAAGCUAGUAAUUUUUGUGCGAGUCAAUAAGAUACUUAACAUCACAUGGACCAAAAUCACCAGCAGUUCUCUAGCAAUGACCCCUGUCUACAUCAAUAUUUGUCCUCUGGUUAUUUUUGUCAAAAAUAAACAAAGCCAGAGGAAAAAAGCCAGUGCAAGAGUUUCACUUUUUCAUCUUCAUAAAUUUUGGCUGUUGCCUUAAUAUUUCAAAUUUGCCCUUGAGGGUUUAUUAAUUUUUUUUUUGCACAAAUUAUCUCAGUUGUGGACACAAUAUCAGCCAAUGUACUAGCUGCCUGAAGAGAUUUAUUUGCUAAACAGAUUUAAAUAUUUGAUUUACAGUUUAUCUUAAUGGAUCCAGGAAUUUUGUUGGAUUUAUUGUUUAUGCUGAGAAUUCUGUGAAAAAUUACACCAAUGGACGUUUUGUUAAAGAAGAUUUGCCUACUGGGGUUGAAGAAGUUAGCUGUGGAGACCUUUAUGUAUGUAUGAGUCACUAGCCUUAAUUGUAAAGAAUCUAUUCAUUUUAAGCUUAAAUACAACCAGUACAAUGUGGUAUGUGCCUAAUAAAUGAUACAAAGUGGUGUUGUGUGGAUGUAUUUUAUGUUGGUACAUAUAAUGUAUACAGUCAUGCAUAAAAUGAAUUUAUCUUCAUGGCAAUCAGUAGCAGACAUUUUAAAUUGUAAAGAGCCAUGUAGCAACCAGUUAAUUCAAGUAAAUGUUACUGGCUCAACACUUUACCAAAAUAGGAAUACAAUGAACAUCUCUUUGUUCAAAUGUGAAAACCCAUUGUGUACAAUGAGACCCCUGCAGUAUCUGAAGUUAUCAUCCCAGCACUUUGAAAUUAAAUCAUGAAUUUAACUUUUAAUUCGCAAAGAUUAAAAUAGUGAGGUUUCUUAUCAGGAGCUUUGCAUUUCUCCUUUAUAGGCAAUGAGUAUAUUUGCCAAUUAAAAAUCAACCACCAGCAGACACUUUGAUAUGAUUGUUAUGUAGUACUAGUAGUGAAAUGGAAGGCAAAUGGUCAAUAAUUUUAAACCAUUCAUAAUAUACAUAAUAGUGAAAUUAUGAGUUUCACUAUUGACCUGAAACAUGCUUUGAGAAAUAUUUGAUGUUUGCAUUUUGUCAUAUCAUACCAAAAGAUUAUCCAAAAUUCCACUUCAUCUGGGAACUGGACUAGUGUAAAGAUGUUAUGGAAGCCCCCCCAGAGUUAUAAGGCUGGAAACAUUACAUUCAGGUACUACAAAAUUUGUUCUGAUACCAAUGAAAAUCCUGUAAUGAGGCUCAAAGUGCAUGUACUGGUGACUACUGAAUGUUGAAAGAUGUGGGCUAUCUUUACUUUAUAGCUACUUACAUCCUCAACUGACUGGUAUAUUCAGGCUGUAACUAAAAAUGGGACGUAGGGACUGGGACCUGGGACUCGGACGUGGGACUCAGGGACAUGAUAAACAAACAACACCUGAUAUUUGUGGGACUGAAUUUGGGACGUAGGGACUGGGACCUGGGACUCGGACGUGGGACUCAGGGACAUGAUAAACAAACAACACCUGAUAUUUGUGCUGAAUUUGUAGCUUGGGCUUGUUAGUAGAAGCUGAUGGUUUUCAGCUUACUUUUUAAAUUCUAUUUUAGAGCAAGCGUCUUGGAAAACACAAAUCCUGUUGUUUACUAUGAAGGAUUUACUGCUCACCUGAAAUGUAAGCUAUGUUGUUAUAAAGUAUACUAGAUUUAGUUGAUGUUUAAUUCAUAGCUUAUAAUUUAAUUCAAUUGAGGUUAUAAAGUUUUGAUGAUCAAAAUUUUGUUUGCUUCAAUCUAAAUGAUUCUAUUAAUGUGGGCUUGAUUUAUUUUUCUUUUAAGUUGCAUGCCUCAUUUAAUCACAACAUGUAUUUUUUAACAUUAGAUGUAAUUUAAUUUCCAUGCAGACCAGUGUCCAUUACCGAAAUGUGUUCAGUGCCCAACUGAUGUCUAUAAGUAUGACAGUUAUGGAUGUAAUACUUGUCAAUGUAAGUUGUGACAUGUCAGUGUAUUGUGCAACAUGUAAAAAGAAAAAAUGAGGAAUGAAAAAUGUUUUAAACCCUUUAAUUCCCAUUGUGAUUUCGAGGUAUUAACUUCUCCCCACAAUAUCCAUACACUUUAAAUCUAGCAAACAAGUAAUGAGAAUACUUCAAAUUAUCAUGUAGAAGUUGUUUUUCUUGAUCUAACACCAAAUUCUCCAAACUAAUUUAAAAGGAAAUGUGUAGCAGCUAGAGGGGAGAAUUAACAAUCAGAUCUUGGGAGUUGAAGGGUUGAGACUAUUUGACUGCUGAAGAAAUUCUUUAUUUUUCAAAAUGGUACUCAAUAAUAUGAAUAAUGUACAUGCUGAAUACAUAUGGCAUGAUGUAUUAGGACAAAAUAAUUAGUGAAUGGGUUUGAAAUGAUAUCCUAAUUUUUUUUUUGUGGGAUAAAUAGCUUUUGAUCAUGUUUGUGUAGUGUGAUUUUCUGGUUAAUUCACAGAUAUUGUUCAGGCAGAUCAUAAAAUUAUACUUGACAGUGGAGUUGAUUACUGUGCAGGGCAGAGAUUGAACUUUGAAUCAAACUGAAUCCCAAGUUGGGACACCUCAGGAAGACCAAUAGAAGCACUUUAUAGUUGUAGCCUUGAUAAAAAUACUUGAUGUCUUACUACAGGUGUUUGUGACGUGGCCUGUGGUGGGAUAUAUGAUCCAGUGUGUGGAACAGAUGGUAAAACAUACAGCAACAGGUGUGAAAUGCAGCGUCAUUCUUGUGAAAAAAAAUCCCCAAUAACGGUGCAGAAGGAUGGCCCAUGUGGUUAGUAUCAAACACUUUGAUCAUAUUGAUUAGUGAUGGAAAGUUGAGGCAAAACUAGAGCAUUAACCAUUUGAAGAUCCUGAAUUACUGGGAGAUCAGGUUUAGGUUGAAUUACACCAAAAGACAUUGAUACACUCAAUAUCUCAGAAAUUAUCAGUAAGUAAUGGUAAUAGGAUGGAGUGGAUCGAGUCCAAUUUGGUUUGUAUAAUCAUACUAGUGGUUACAAACUCGGACAACCGUGAAGCGGGAGUCCCUUUUGUCAAUCACAACUAUGAUUAAGGACUGAAUUGGAUUUAAAGUCCUUUACGAAUUAAUCCUAACCAUUACAAUUUCCAAAAAGUACAAUUAAGUACAUUUACUUGGAAUGAGAAAGUAUCUCUGUCAUAGACAUUGUCUAAUGUAGAAAUGUCCUCCAUUUUGGAAAUUCCCCCAUUUUGUAGGAUUAAUGGUUGUUGCUAUGGUUAAUGUAAUCUAUUCUGUGAGUGGUGGAUUUUGCUGAGUGGUCUUAGCCCCUUUAACUGUCCCACUCCAGGUGUUCAAAUACUGUCAACUGUCUACAGAAUAAUUAGUGAAAAUUUGAGGGAAUUGUAGCAGUUGUGAUUAGAGUAGCAAGAGACCCGAAAAGAAGACAAGGAUCUGGAAGUGAUUAUUGCCCUUCUAAAAUAGUAUGCAUGGCAGUUGUGAUGGAAAGCCAAGAUAGUAAUUCUACAGCCCUGAAGCUAAUUUUGAUUGGAUGGUCCAUCUGAUCAUUCAAUGAAUAUCCUGGAAACAAAGUAAUUUUCAAGUAAGAUUUCAAAUAACAGUACUAAUGGUGUUGUGGUUGGUUGAGCGUUUCACGGUCUUCUCCCACAUGAUUCGUCUACUGAGUGGAGCACGGGGAAGAAAAAUCCAAGAGCCUGGGGAAAAAAUCCCUUUGAGUGAGGAGGAGAAAAAUGGCUUUUUUUUAAAUAAAAGUAUAUGCAUUGGUACAAAGCUUAUUAUUGAAUGUAUGUCUACUUUCUUCAGGGCGGUGCACUAAGGUGUGUACAGAGGAACACCGUCCAGUGUGUGGAACAGACGGAAAAACCUACAGUAACAAGUGUACCAUGGAAACAUUGGCCUGUGAAAAAAACAAAACUAUCACUGUAUCUUACAGUGGUGAAUGUAGCGGUGAGUUUAAAGUAACAUUUACUUGUACUGAGGGUGAGAUAGAAAAAAGAAUUAACUUCCGGAAAAUAUUGCUUUUACAUUAUUUCAAUCAUGCACUGUAAGAGGUACUUUGGCCUAAUACUAGUAUUGCCUCCUUAUUUGCCUAAACUCAGCAAGGCGUGGCCAAAGGGGGAAGUACGCUGAAGCUUAGUUCCUUAGUAAGGAUAUGCAGACUUAGGUGCUAUCUCCCUCUAAUUAAAGGAGCUUGGUCAAAUGAUAGUAGUGGGAUGGGGUACAAGUAUGCUGGUGAUCUCCCCCACUGGUGAGAAAAUACUGAUGAUUUCUAACUUUCAUCACACGAUGUACGGAAUGUUCGGUGGCCCAUAUUUGUGUUAUUAGCACUAAUAGGGACCUUAAUUUUCUUUUUUCUUUAGGCGUGGAAGAGACGGUGAAAUUCUCAAUUCUCUCUCUGAUGUUUGCUUUUCUGGCAUUCCUGAUGUUUUCAGACCAUUAGACAAAAAGUUGUGUUACUCUGAAGUGACCCUUGAGGAAGAUGUCAGGCUUGGGAAUAAAUGCUGUGUAGUGCGCUGCUUUGAAUUAAACAUUUAAUUUAAUCUCUAAUAAAACAAAUCAUAAAACCUUGAUAAGGACACAAAGCUGAUUCCGCAACCUCUGUUAUCUUUGCAAUGUUUGGAAACUCAGAUUUAAAAUGUUUUCUCACUGCUUUUGUUUUUAUUUCUUUGCUAUUUUUUCGUUUUGUUGAGAGACCCUGGAUUUCAUAAACUUGCAGUUUAAAUGCUUCACAUUAGAAAUGUUCAAUGAUCUUUUUUUUGAUAUUUAGUAAAGAUUCUUCUUCUUUUCAGUACAGUAGUUAAUUAUAGUUAAUAUUAAUGAAGCGUAUGCUUCUGGUAUAAGUGCGUGUAGCUGUAAAGUGUCUGAUAUCCUGUAAAAGCUGUGUUGUUGUUUCAGUGUUUCAGUGAAUGAACCGUAGAUUUCUAUAUAGUUUAAGUUGAUAAGUAGAGCUUGUUUAGCCCUUCAAUUAGCGUGGUUAAUGAAUUAGAGUUAAACUAGUAGACACUAAAUAUCUGAACUAGCAAAUGGGGAAACUAGAUGAAACUAAAUAGUAGAAGAUACCAAACAUUGAAUAUAAGGCUUGGAGUUAAUAAGUGGGCAACGUAGGAAGGAAUGAUGGAAAACAACUACAUUGAGCUUAUCGUUUGGAUAAGGAUAUUUUCUUUGGAAAUCAUAUUGAGGAUAGUUCCUUGUAGGGGAAAUAAUUGUAACUACCAGCUAGCACAUAGAAUAGAUCGUAUACUGAUGUAAUCACUCUUAUCAAGCAAAUGAAUUUCCAAAUGAGUAUGGAAAUCAUCCAGGAUUCCAGUGGCUUUGCUUAAUUACACUUUGACUGCAUUGAAAAAUUGCAUCACAGGCAACCAAUUCGGUAUACUGAGACCUAGGAAAUUGACUUGGCUAUUUACGUAUUUAAUUUUAACUGCUAGUGAGAUCACUAUGGGUUGAGCUAAAUGACGCUCCAUCGAAAACUGCUCAAAAUGUAUACAUCAGUGUCAGAUGAAAUAGUUAGGUCGUUUUUCUGCUUGAGACCAUUUAUUUAUCCAUUCAUCUAUUUAUCUAUUUAUUUAUCCAGCUUUUUGUCUGGGGGGUCAAAGAGUUAGUUGCACCACAGCGAAGUCAGAAUCCUUUUACUGGCUUCUGAUGUAAUAUUGCAAAUAAAAGGAACAGAUGAU